GCAGGGCAACACCCCGGCGUCCCUGGAAGCGGGGACCCGGGGUGGUGCAGGGGAAGCUGCGCGGAACCGGAGGCCAGAGGCCGGAGCCUCCCAGGGCAGGGGGAGCGCCCGGGGCCAGGUCUGAGGGCCCAGAUAAAACAUGGCGGGGCGACCUAUCCGCAUAGGGGACCAGCUGGUACUGGAGGAAGACUAUGAUGAAACCUACAUCCCCAGUGAACAAGAAAUUUUUGAAUUUGCCAGGGAAAUUGGAAUCGAUCCUAACAGUGAACCAGAAUUAAUGUGGCUGGCCCGAGAAGGCAUUGUGGCUCCGCUCCCCAUGGAGUGGAAACCCUGCCAGGACAUUACAGGCGAUAUUUACUAUUUCAAUUUCGCCAAUGGACAGUCCAUGUGGGAUCACCCAUGUGACGAGCAUUAUCGGAACCUGGUGAUCCAGGAACGGGGAAAGCUGUCAACUCCUGGCGCCAUCAAAAAGAAAGAUAAGAAAAAAAAGAAGGACAAGAAAGACAAGAAGGAAAAGGAGCUUCCCAAAACUCCCACAGCCUUGGGUUCUUCCUUAGCCCCAGUUCAUGUACCCAUGGGAGGCCUUGGUCCCUUACGCAGUCUCAUGGAUACCUCAGCUACAACCUUUCGUUCAUCCCUGAAUAUGAACCUGGGAAGCUCGGUGGAAUCUUCGCAACCUUUGGAAACUCCUCUGCUUCCACAAGGCUCCAAGCCUUCUGCCCUCACCAAGAAUCUCCUUGGCUCUAUCCAUGAGGAAAAAAGCCCUGUCAGCCUGUUGGCUCUUGGGGAGGAGACCAAUGAAGAAGAGAGUGAUAAUCAGAGCCUUCGGAGUACAGCUGGACUCCUGAAGAAUUUACAUCUAGACAUUGAGGUCCUUGGGGGCAGUUUCGAUUAUGAGGAGUCUCCAAGAAGCCAACCAGAGGAUAAGAAGGAAACAUCGCUGGGUUCAGAUAUCCCCUACCCUCGGACUUGCGACAAGCUCUUCAGCCGAGACGUAGAAAGUAGUCUGGGCAGUGCAGAUGGCGAAGGCCGACGAGGGAAGCUGGCAAGUGCUUGGCUCCCAGACAAGGAAGACAGUGAGAAGGGUGACCCUGGAGCCUCCCGGCCACAAAUGACUCGAAUGGUAGAAUCAGGGACUGGUGAUAAUACUGGAACAGCCAAGAAGCAGUCUUUAGAAGACCCUGAGGUGGUUGGAGAGGUGGGCUCUGAGAAGAAAGAGGCAGUGGAUGAACUAGAGAAGGAGCUGACAGAGCCGAAAACAGAGAGCAGAUUGGAUGGUAAUGAAGAGUCAGAGAUCAGUGAUCAUGUGAAAGAGUUGGAAUUCUCUGACCAUUCUGAUCCCAAGUCAUUUCUUGGAUUGGACUUUGGUUUUCGAAGUCGGAUCUCUGAACAACUGCUGGAUAUAGAUGGAUUAUCCCCAGCCUGGGAGACCAAGGACCCAGGAGACGAAGAAAAAGACCAAAGUCAGUCCAACCUGGAAGAACCAGAGAGUGAACAAUCCAAUGAUGAAGAAAGAAUACUGGGUACAGACCCACCUGCCAGUAUCUCCAGUCAUCAUUCACUUGAAGAGGAGAAAAUCCAGAGCCUUUUUCAGGACCACGAGGUAGCAGAAGAGCAGUGUUCCCUGGAGGGGGAGCCGAGGGAGACAGUGGAGCCUGAGCCCAAUGUGACAGCCAGCCCAGCUUCAGAGGCCUCCUCCCCAAAGAGUGGAUGUGUCAUCAGCCCUCCUCAUGACCGUAAGAUGGAAGAAGAGCCGCACCCCAUAAAGGAAGAUCACGAGCAGAAAAAGGCGGAAGGACUUGAGGAGAAGAUGGCCGGCCCAACCUUGCCAGGUUCCCGAGUAGAAGUUGUCCCAGAGCCCAUAACCCUUCAGAAGCAGCCCUUAGAAGAUUCCCUAAAGGUCAUAGAAGAGAAGACAGCCCAGGAUCUGGAGCAGGAGCGGACACGAUUGUUAGAGGACCGAAGACAGAAGAUGGAGCGGUUGCAGAAGGAACUGUGUCAAGAGGAAGAAGAGGAGAUGCUGAAACUUGAGCAGCAGAAAGACAAGUCCCUCAGGUUUCUGAGAGAGCAGCUCAAAAAAACAGCUGAGGAAGAAGAGGCUCGAGUAAGGGAAGAAGAGAGUCAGAAACUUUCUCAUCUCCAAGCUCAGAUCCUAGCCAGUACAGAAGCACAGGAGAAUCAAAUUAGGGCAGAGCAUGAAGCUUCACUGAAGAAAAUAAGAGAAGACUUGGAGUCACUGCAGCGGACGGAGUGGUCUAGCCUGGAGCAGAAAAAGAAGCAGGUGUUAGAGAGGCUUAAAGAGGAAAUGGAGGAUAAUGAAAAGAGAGAGAGGGUCCUCUUGAAAGAGGAGAAUGAAAAGGCCAUGAGUCAGCUGAAGGAGAGACUGGAAGAUGAAAGGAAGGAGGCCAUGGCAGCGCUGGAAAAAGAGCAUGCAGCUAACUUGCAGAAGUUUCGCACCUCAGCUGAGGAGAAACACCGUGAGGUCAUUGCUGGUCUGAAAAAGCAGAUAGAGGAUGCCCAUCGGAGGGAGGCAGCCCAGCUGCAGGAAGAGCUGAGUCAGGCAGAGCAGAGAGUCCAGCAGAAAGCUUACCGAGUGACGGAGUUCGAAAGAGAGCUCAGCGACCUGCUGAGGGAGAAGAGGGAGGAUGUGGAGAAGGACCACGAGCGGAGGAUGGACAGAAUGAAGGAUGAGCACCAACAAGUGCUGGCAGAGACCCGGGCACAGUAUGAUGAAGAGGAAAGGAAGCAGCGAACAGAUCUCCGGACAAACUUGACAAGUGAGAUGGAGCGUCUGAGGCGAUCCCACGACCGGGAGUUGGAAGCCAUGCGGCAGGAGCUGGAAAGGAAGCUCAAUGAACUCCAACUCCGACACCGAGAGCGGGAAAGGAAGCUCCAAGAUUUAGAAGCAGAGCUUGAAAGCAGAACUAAAGACGUUAAGGCCAGAUUGAUCCAACUGGAUAUCCAAGAGGACAACGUCAGAAAGAAGAAGCAGCAGCUUCUAGAUGUAGAGAAACAGAUUGCCCUGGAGAGAGAGGAAGCCACAUCCACCCACCAGCACCUAGAGGAAGCGAGGAAGGAACAAGCCCACUUGGUGGAGUCCACUCGGCAGCUGCGCCGAGCCCUGGAGGAGCUGAGGUCUCGGAAGACCGAGCUGGAGUCCCAGGUGGAGGUCCUUCAGAACCGGAGUCAGAGGCUGCAGAGACGGAUCAGUGACCUGGAGGCCGAGGCCCAGAGGAAGAAGGACGCUCUGAAUCAGCUGACUAUCGAAGAGACCGCUGCCACCUCUCCUCAUCGUGAAGGGGAGCUCCACCUGGAAGACCUGAGGAAGUCCCUUGGGAAGACUCCUGAGAAGGAGCCACCUACCACCGUCUCCCCAAACAAUGAGGAAAGCCCUCCCCAGUUGGAUGACAUUCACCAUUAUCUCUCCUCGGAGGGCGUGUCCAUUCGCAGUGCCAAGGAAUUCCUGGUCCAGCAGACACGCUCUAUAAGGAAGCGCCAGACAGCUCUCAAAGCUGUGCAGCUUCAGUGGCGCCAUGAUGUGGCUACUGCCCAGGUGGCUGCUGAAGACUUGCCCAAUUCCCACAACCUAGAGGAUGUACGAAAGAACAUAGAGGAGGAGACAAAGAACCUGGAUGAGAUGAAAUCAGCCAUGCGCAGGGGCCAAGUUCUGCUGAAGAAAAAAGAGGAGAAGCUGAGUCAGCUGGAGAAUUCCCUUUGGGAAGAGCUUUCAGAUGAGGACACAAUGAAAGGAGUUUCCUGUAAGAAGGUGGUAGCGUUUGAUCAUAGUGAUUUUGAAGACAUCAGCAAUACGAGCUCUGAGAGCCCCUCUCUGCCCCAGGGGGAUCCAGUGUCAAACAUUCCUUUCCCCCAACUCAACAAGAUCCGAUACUUGAGCAACUCCUUACAGAGAAUCACCAAUGAGCUCAAUGGGGUACUGAGUGUUUUGGGUACCCUCAGUGUUCAGCCGUCCCCUGUCUUAACUUCAACCCAAGUCCAGAUGCCUCCCCUGCCCUCCAAGACCACCGCCGUCUCCACUAACCCUUCUGUGACUAGAGUGUCAGCCCCCACCCCUGUGGCUCCCUCUGCUGCUAUCCCUCUCCCCAAUCGAUGGGCUUGGAGCCCGGGAGUGAACCCUGGGCUCUCCUCUUCAGUUGCUCAGUCAAUGGACAACUUUUUGGUGGAGAAGUGGCAUAAAUAUUUUCCAGCUGGAGUCCCAUUACUUAGUGGCAGCCCAACUCCUCUGGACAACAGGUUGGGCUAUGUAUCUGCCAGUGAGCAGCUCCGCCAGCUGUACCGCUCGCACUCCCAGCUCACUCAGAGUGGAGGCGCCAACUUUCAAGGCAUGAUUGAGUCCAAUAGGAAGUGGCUGGAACACAUGAAGAAGGACCCCAAGAUAUCCUUCUUCUCCAACACAUCCAAGCCCUCUUCUGCCACAGGCCUGAUGCAGCUGGGGCUGGAUGAAAACCACAAGCUGAAGGUGUACCACUAUUAAGGCCCCAGGCGGUGGGGCUCAGGGCUCUCCAGGCCCCUCUUCUCUUAGACCAAGUGCCUAAGGAGCUUCCUGCACCUUAUUGUCCCUGAUCCAUCAUUCCUCUGCUCUACAAACCCGACCCUCUCAGGACUUUGGGGGAGGGCAUAGAGCGAUGAUGGGGUAGAGGGCAGUGGGAGCACCGUAGCAAGCCCCACCCUCUGAGAACUCCACAGUGCGUCCCAAACGGAAAAGUGUCCAUGACCCGCUGGGGCCUGCAUUAUCAUGCCGGUACAGAGGAGGGCAUUUGGAAAAGUCCAGAGUAGCCGUUUUUGUAACUCUUGAUGUGUCCCUGGGCAGAUCAGGGUGUGGAUUCAUGCUCUCUCCAAAGCACGUUCACCUUGGGACAUGGUGCUUCUUGGGGACUGGCUCCCUUCUGAAUCUGUCUUCUUUGAGCUAAUACCUCAGCAGCAGGGCUCCAGGCCCUCUGUUUUUUUUUUUUAAAUGAUUCCUUUUUUGCACAAUAACUCGAGUUGUCUCAGGUUUGUGGUCAGCUUUUACAGAGCCUCUCCCUGAAGGUGAUUGAUGUGGGGUCCCUGAGAAAUGAGGCAAGUGAGUCUUUCCUCUGCCUUUGCUGAGCUUGCCCCACGAGGGAAUCCCUGUCUGCCUCUGUCCCCAGGUUCCCAAGAACAAAGCCCUAUCCUUGGGCUUGGGCAAAGGCUUAGGGAUCAGGCUCCGUGGGAGGAGGAAGCUGGAGGAGGAAGCUGGGAUGGACUUCUCUCGGACCCCGUUCCCUGACCCCCAGAUAGAGAGAAAGCCAUUAGAAAAGGGGCCGGGUGUGUCCUCAGCCUCCCCCCAGUCAUCUCUUCUGCUUCUCAGCUCACCUUGAGUUUUUGUAGCCUUGCUUUCCUCCUACCUUUUCUCACCAGGCUCUUUGGAUAAACAUAUUUGCAUUUCAGCCAACAUUCUUUUUUUCCUCUUCCUGCCACUCCUUCCUUCCCCUGCCCUCCCCUCUAAGCUUUCCAGUUUUGCUAUAGACAAUGAGGUGUCUGGCACCAGUCAGAAGUCUCUGCACAAGAGGGCUGGAGAGGAGGGUUAUCGGGGGGGGGGGGGGGGAGCUCCUGGCAGCUCCCCUUCAGUCAGCCCCCAGACAGAUGUGUUCCUGGGCGGGCUUAGGCGGGGACUCCUGCGAGCUCGUCUCGCCUUUUUGAAGAAGUCGACAUUUUUCUGUCUCCAAGGCUGUGGAGUUGUGUUUGGCCCUCUUCGGCAUGGAAACCAGCCUCUCAUCGUCUUCCUCGUGGAGGAGAAUCCUGGGGACCAGAUUACUUUUUGCCGCCCCCCAGGUGCUACACUGAGGCGUGAGCCCCUCCUCCCUGAGGAGUCCCUUUGGUUACUUGACUGAUGCUGUGUGGUUUAGGAAUGGCUCUUGUGUGCUUAACAACGGUGUGACAAUCAAUCCAGCUUGUCUUGCCCCAUGUUUUCUAUAUCAAUUAAACCUCCAUGGGUCAUUUUUCUAUAA